AUGAUAAGUUUACAGGGCAAAGUCGCCGUUAUCGCCGGCCUCGGCCAAACAGCCCCAGAGGGCUGGGGUAUCGGCGCCGCAAUCGCCACAAAACUCUCGCAACACGGCGCCCUCAUCUUCGGCGGAAACCGCACCUUGUCCGCGGCCGAGCGAACAAAGGCCCGGAUAGAGGCUGACGGUGGCACAUGCGACAUCCAAGAAACAGAUGUUACUGACGCCGCGUCUGUCAAGGCCCUGGUGGACAGCUGUAUGCAGAAACACGGCCGCAUCGACAUCCUCAUCAAUAAUGUGGGGAGAUCGGAACCAGGGUGUCCGGCAGAGAUGUCCGAGGAAGUAUGGGAUCAGCAGGUUGAUGUCAAUCUCAAGAGCGUGUAUUUGACGUGUCAUUUUGUACUGCCCAUUAUGGAGAAGCAGGAGACUGGGGGCUCGAUUGUGAAUGUGUCGAGUAUUGCGGGGAUGAGGUACAUCGGGAAACCGCAGGUUGCGUAUUCGGCUACGAAGGCGGCGAUUAUGCAGUUUACGAAGAUGUCGGCUGUGAUUUAUGCAGGGAGGAAUGUGAGGUUGAACACGGUUGUGCCGGGCUUGAUUUAUACGCCAUAUACGAAAGAGCUUGCGAAACGGUAUGCACCCGGGGGCGAUGAGGAGGAGUAUAUGAGGAAGAGGGAUACGCAGGUGCCUAUGGGACGGAUGGGGGAUGCCUGGGAUGUUGCUAAUGCUGUUUUGUUUCUGGCGUCUGAUGAGGCGAGGUAUAUCACGGGGCAGAAGUUGGUUGUGGAUGGCGGAAUUACUUCAUCCACCGGGAGGGUGUAG